AUGGAUCCAUUUUUUCCAACUUCAACAAACAUAGACAGUUCAAAUCCUAUCAUUAGCUUAAGUGAUCUUGCCGCUUGGGAUUUUACUUCUCUUGAAGAUAAUCCCGAAGCUCAAAAAUUUUUAAUUGAUGCAAUCGUUUCCAACGAUCAAUAUAGAGAUGACGACGACCAAAAACGUAAAUUAGAAACUUUGGGAGAUAUUAUUCAACAACUACCAAGCAAAGCUAUUCAUAAUUUAAAUAUAGAUUCAGUACCACAUCCAGAACUUACUCUUGAUGAAAUGAUAGAACUUGGAACUCAAUCAUCUUUUGAAGAUUUACAGGCAGAACUUUUAAAUGAACCACUGAAAAAAAAAAAGGCUGGAAGAAAGCCAUUGACUACUACCCCUAAUUCUAAACGUAAAGCUCAAAAUCGAGCAGCUCAACGAGCGUUUCGUGAAAGAAAAGAACGUUACGUUCAAGAACUCGAAGAUAAGAUUAAAGAACUUGAAUCGGUAUCAGCAAAAAGCAAUCAUGAAAACGAGCAAUUAAAAUCACUUGUUCAACAAUUGCAAGCUGAAAAUUUCAUUUUGAAACAAUCAAAUUUCACUUUCGACUUUACGCUUAAUAAAGGUGAUGAAUCAUCAGACUUAACUUCUAGUGGUGAUGUGGUGGGCUUACAAAUUCUGAGGAUCCAUUCACACCACCUUCUUCAAAUGAAAGCGACAAUGAAUCAAAUACUUCCAGUAAUAGAUCAGCUAAUGGCUCAAAAAAUUCACCAGCAAAAUUCUUCUUCUUCAUCUACGGGAAUAGUAGUCAAUAUGGGAUUAUCAGAAACAUCAUCCGAAUUGUCAAUUAAAGGACCAAAGACAAUUACUGAUAUCACUAAUAACAGUAUUAAUUGUACCGCCAAAGAAUUUUGUGCUAAAUUUACUGAUGGUAUUUGUUUGGAAGAUGGUCAGGGUUCAACUGUUAAUGAUAACUCUAACAAAUCAACUUCAGCAUUCACCGAGUACCGUGACCCUACACCAUUCACACCAAAUAUCGACAACCUAUUUGCUGGUGCCACCCCUUUAGCACCAUUAUUUGAAGAACAUUUUAUAAAUCUUGGAAGUUUUGCUCCGAUGUCAACUCCAUCUGAAGAACGUGUAAAUCCAUUUAUGGGAGAUAUUGUUCACAAUAACGGAUUUGCAACAUUUGAUGAUCUUCAAAAUAAAAGUUUUUUAUCAUGUAAUAAAGUUUGGGAAAAGAUUCAACAACAUCCCAUGUUUGAUGAAUUGGAAGAUGAUGAGAUUGAUCAAUUAUGUGCUGAAUUAAAAUCUAAAGCUAGAUGUUCAGGUCAUGGACCGGUUGUACCAGAAGAAGAAGUUGACGCAGCUUUAAUUAAAUUAGAAGAAAAAUAA